AGAGAAAGAGCUGUAAGGAGCAAUACACCCUCCACCAUAGACCAUCAGGUGGAAAUAGCAGGUUGAGAAGAGCUGGGGCUCACAGGCAACCUGGGAUAAUAGUCCCAAACAGGCUGGUGCCGCCCUCCAGCUGAAGGUGUUCCCUCAGCUGCCCCAAGGAUGUGAUUGUGAGGCCAAAUCUGCAAACCCAGUGGGAAACAGGCUCCCGGGGCCAUGGCCCAGGUCAGCAUCAACAGUGACCUUGGCGAGUGGGGCUCGAGCAUGGACUCUGGGGAGCGGGCCCGUCUGCUGCAGAGUCCCUGUGUGGACACGGCCCCCAAGAGUGAAGGGGAGGCCUCUCCUGAGGGUCUGGGCAGAGGUACCACUUCCACCCUUGGGGCCAUCUUCAUCGUCGUCAACGCCUGCCUAGGUGCAGGGCUGCUCAACUUCCCGGCCGCCUUCAGCACGGCAGGUGGGGUGGCGGCUGGUGUCGCGUUGCAGAUGGGCAUGCUGGUCUUCAUCAUCAGCGGCCUCGUCAUCCUGGCCUACUGCUCCCAGGCCAGCAACGAGAGGACCUACCAGGAGGUGGUAUGGGCCGUGUGUGGCAAGCUGACGGGAGUGCUUUGUGAGGUGACCAUUGCCAUCUACACCUUUGGCACCUGCAUCGCCUUCCUCAUCAUCAUUGGGGACCAACAAGACAAGAUUAUAGCUGUGAUGGCAAAGGAGCCUGAGGGGGCCAGUGGCAGCCCCUGGUACACAGACCGAAAGUUCACCAUCAGCCUCACGGCCUUUCUCUUCAUCCUGCCCCUUUCCAUCCCCAGAGAGAUCGGCUUCCAGAAAUAUGCCAGCUUCUUGAGCGUCGUGGGCACCUGGUACGUCACUGCCAUCAUUAUCAUCAAAUAUAUCUGGCCAGAUAAAGAGAUGACCCCAGGGGACAUCCUGACCAGGCCAGCUUCCUGGGUGGCCGUGUUCAAUGCUAUGCCCACCAUCUGCUUCGGAUUUCAGUGCCACGUGAGCAGCGUACCCGUCUUCAACAGCAUGCGGCAGCCCAAGGUGAAGACCUGGGGUGGGGUGGUGACAGCCGCCAUGGUCAUCGCCCUCGCUGUCUACAUGGGCACGGGAAUCUGUGGCUUCCUGACCUUUGGAGCUGCUGUGGACCCCGACGUGCUGCUGUCCUACCCUUCCGAGGACAUGGCUGUGGCUCUUGCCCGUGCCUUCAUCAUCCUGAGCGUGCUCACCUCCUACCCCAUCCUGCACUUCUGUGGGCGGGCGGUGGUCGAAGGCCUGUGGCUGCGCUAUCAGGGGAUGCCCGUGGAGGAGGACGUGGGGCGCGAGCGGCGCCGGCGCGUGCUGCAGACCCUCGUCUGGUUCCUGCUCACCCUGCUGCUGGCACUCUUCAUCCCUGACAUCGGCAAGGUCAUCUCGGUCAUCGGAGGCCUGGCCGCCUGCUUCAUCUUUGUCUUCCCAGGACUGUGCCUCAUUCAAGCCAAACUGUCUGAGAUGGAAGAAGUCAAGCCGGCCAGGAGCCUUCAUCUUCGGCCAGACCACAGCCAACGCCAUCUUUGUGGAUCUCUUGGCAUAACCACUGCCUCCAGGCAACACAUGGCCUUUGCCGCUGGACCCAGGAACCCAUCUCUUCAAGCUUUGGGGCCACCCUGAGUCCAACAUCAUUCCCCUUUACUGGUGGGAUGACAUCUGGACAUCCUUUUCCAGGGACAGUUCUGGAGUGAGAUCAGGCCUCACACCUCUGGACAGAUCAAACCUGGUUUCCCUCCUGCUUUCCAGUCCCAGCAGUGUGAGGAUGGGCAGGGGAAGGUCUUGGGUCACAGAAGAACCUUCCUUGCCCUCCAACGCUCAAUUCUCCAUGCUGAAAAACACAAGGGAAGAGUGUCAGAACAUCUCAGAAAAAAAGAACCCAGUCUGACUUAACUAUGGAGAAAGAGUGUGGGCAGAGGGCCACCACCGUCCUCUGCAGAGCAGCCUGUCCUGAGCAGGACCUGCGCUCGUCACCCUGGGACCCCGUGCCUGCCCGUUGUCAGCCGCUUGGCCCACAGUGGCUUCUCUGGGAUCGGGCAACUUCCAAAGGUAGCACAAAAGUCAUACAGAUGCACAGAGGUAGAUAGAGUCAUGCCUUGUCCACCCCAUCCUGGGGCCUCUUUCCCCAAACCUGAGGGUCCAGGCAUCCCUGUCUUCCUCCAUUUGCAGACAUCAUCAAGUCUAAUGUUUACAAACGGUGCCAGCCCGGCUCCGAACCAGAGGCCGGGGGCCGUGCCGUGCUGCCACGGUGCUGUGAGGACUCCUUGGUUAGUUUUUCCCUUGGUAGGACGUCUGCUUUUCUCUCUCCGGUUCCAGGUGGGCCCCUCAAUUCAGAGGCACAGGUUGGGUGAUAGAGAAGGCUGGAACUUUCCAAACCCAUGAAGGCUGGGCUAGUCAGGGUCCGGGGGAGCCUCUCUGAUAGCUUCUCUUUCAGUGACUGCUUCUCUUCUGCCUGCUCUCUAGUCAUCUCUCUCCUGUCAGCCCUAGCAGGGUAGCCAUCAGAGAAGAGCAGCCGAGUUGUCACUGACUGGGCAACAUUUGAGUAUAGUCACGCCAGUGUGGAAGUUUCCCUUCCAGUCCAGAUCUGGUCUGCUCCCUCCCUUCAUUGUUUCUUCACCCCCUACCCCAUUUUUCUAGCUCAGUCUCUCCUCACAUAAGCCUGGGGGUAGUAGACCUCCCUUCUCUUGCCCGCUUCUGCAGCUCCAGGGGUCCACUGGGCCAGCCUCAGCCGUCUGUCAAUCACACUGAGGUCACACAUGGAUUGUGCCCCAGAUGGGGUGAGGAGGGACACUGUUUUCCUGAUCUGCAUUCCCAUUUUUCCUUCUCCGGCUGUUCACUUCGACCAAACCCAGGCAUUGAAUAGGGCUUCCUCCACCUGGAACUCACAGCAUUUCCUCAGCCCCUCCUUCCCAAAACCUCCAUAGCACAGGUGAGCGGGACCCCACCCAGCAGCCCACCACUCAGGGCAGUGAGCUCACAGGAGCAGAGGCAGGCUGGCGGCGAAGUAGGCUUCUGCUCAGUUCCCGGCCUGGAUGACCACCUUUCCUCACAUCCCUGUGCCCCCCUCCACCCACCCUCAGCCCCUCAGGCAAGACCCAUGCUGCUGCUUUCUCUCAGGCCCUGCAUAGUGCCAGGCCCUUCCAGCGCCCAUCCCUGCCAAGGCUAGGAGGUCCAGUCAGCAGGGCUGCAUAGCCCCCUGAGGUUGGAUUUCAGCUAAGGGAUGGGGGAUGUAAGGGGAGUCCUCGCACAGAAACAGACCUGUCAGGAGAAGGAGCUGGAAUCUGGCCAUUUGGCCUAACCUCAGGAGCCCCCUGCUCUGCCCUCCCUGCCAGGGUAUUUUUUGGUUUCUUUUCUACUCGUGCACAUUCAUACCAGGGAAGAUGGUUAAUAA